CCGUCGCCUCUCCUUCCCAAGAAGCCGCCACUGCAGCCCCCUCCGGCGACCCGCACCACCUCCGAUGGCCCGCACGAAGCAGACGGCGCGCAAGUCGACGGGCGGCAAGGCGCCGCGGAAGCAGCUGGCGACCAAGGCGGCGCGCAAGUCGGCCCCUGCCACCGGCGGCGUGAAGAAGCCGCACCGGUUCCGCCCGGGCACCGUCGCGCUGCGCGAGAUCCGCAAGUACCAGAAGAGCACGGAGCUGCUCAUCCGCAAGCUCCCCUUCCAGCGCCUGGUGCGGGAGAUCGCGCAGGACUUCAAGACGGACCUCCGGUUCCAGAGCUCCGCCGUGUCGGCCCUGCAGGAGGCCGCCGAGGCGUACCUGGUGGGCCUGUUCGAGGACACCAACCUCUGCGCCAUCCACGCCAAGCGCGUCACCAUCAUGCCCAAGGACAUCCAGCUCGCCCGCCGCAUCCGCGGGGAGCGCGCCUAGAGCUCUCUGCCCCUGCGCGUCCCGCCUGCCGCCAUGGUUCCUUGUUGAAUGGGCCUGCCGACGGAUUCGUUCUGCCCUGCUACCGCUAGUCUAGUCUAGUCGUGCUUCGAGUUGUCAUUAGGAUUUGUUCUGUACUGUUAGUCUCGUGCUGUUGAUUACCCGGUUGAAAAUUGCAAUGGAGAUGAUGUUGUUUGUCUUGA